GAUCCCCGGUGAGAUCCCAGAAUCUAAAGCGAAGGCCAUGGAUGAUCCACCUCAAGCUGGAAUAUUAGCUCCGGUUGCGAAAGAUAGUAAGGAUUGUACCAAUAAUUGUCCGGAUUCCAUUCUGUCACACAUAGUUUCUUUGUGAAGAAUAAAACAUGCUGUGGAGACUAGCGUGUUGUCACGUCAGUGGAGGUACCUCUGGAAGACAAGGCCAAAUCUUGAGUUUGACAUUCCAAACAUUUUUGGAGACAAGUAUACUAGGCUUGUUGAGAAGUAUGGAGAUGAGACUUCAGCCCCUGUAAUAGUUGAUUGAUUCGACAGACAAUGCUUUGUGAGACGUGUGAGUAAUCUUUUGGAGCUCUACUCCGGUAACAGGAUACAGUCUCUCAGAGUGGCAUUUUUCUUUGAUGUUGAAUCUACGGAAAUCUUUGAUAAGUGUGUUCGUUUUGCAAUUGCAAAUGGAGCUCAAGUUCUCGACCUUCAAUUAUUUCCAACCUUAUGUUUCGACGACAAAGCAGAAUUUUACGUUUUUCCCCACUGGAUCCUUUCAGAGUUGGAUACUGCAUCAAACUUAAAGCAUUUGUCAUUGGAAAGAUGUGUUUUAAAACCGCCUACUGAUUUCAACAGAUUGGCUCAGUUAAAAACUCUUCGGCUAAACAAUGUUGUGGUCAAUUCAGGGUUUUUGGAACAUUUGUCCUCUGUUUGUGUGCUCCUUGAAGGCUUGACGUUGAGAAAGUGCAGAGUGCACUCAAAUUUGAUUAUUAUAGGUCCAUCGCUCCACCUCAAGGAUCUGAAAGUGCUCGAUUGCAACACAUUAGACAAAAUAGAAAUUGAUGCAGUAAAUCUUUCCUCCUUUGAAUUUCGGGGAAAUAUUCUGAAAAUUUCUUGCAUGACAACUCCACUGCUAGUAAGAUUCUUUUUUAGGGGAUGUUGUGAUCUUUAUGGACUACCAUAUGCAUUCACCCUACUCGCAUUGUGUCCUGGCCUCGAGACUCUUCAGCUGCAGUUGUUAAAUAGACUGGAAAAUAUCUCCCAAACAGUUCCGACAUUUGGCAACCUCAAGCAUUUGAACUUGGAUCUCUUCACACCAGACUUUGACCUAUGGAGUGUUCUGAAUAUUCUGAAGGCUGCACCUAACUUGGAAGAACUUGUAAUUACGGGACGAUCAUAUGACUAUCAAGGAGAGAUGAUGGAUAUUUCUGGAUUCUCACAUAAUCAUUUGAGAAAAGUAAAAAUUCAAGCGUUCCAAGGUAUGUGGUUAGAGAUAGAGUUCGCCAUUUGCAUUCUAAAAAUUGCAACAAAGCUUGAGGAAAUGGUGAUUGAUCCACAUGGAAAUUACCACAUUGGUGGUGGAAAGUGGAUCUAUCUUGAUACAUGUUAUUAUGUGGAUGGAAACGAGGACAAGGAUCAGGAUGAAGAAGGGAGCAAUGACAACGACUUCAAUAAUGAGAAUGGGGAUGUGGAGCCUCCUGAAGAGGGGGUGGAUCUUGUGGGAGUAGCCGAGGCCUGUCAUAUGGAAGGGUAUAUUGAGGAAGGGGACGAAGAGGAUUGGGAUAGAAGAGGAAGAGCUGUUGUCCAAGAAAGGCUGAAAGAAAUAAAGACUUGUGCUCAAGUCAUAAUUCUAUAAAUGGUUGAACUUUCUAGCAUAUGCAUCUUAAGUAUCUCACUAACCUCUUUACAAGAGGUUUCUUGAAACAUUAUUUUAGUUUACUUCUGGAUGUCAUUUUAUAUACUGAGAAUAGCGCAUGUUUUAUAUAAUUUUGUUUGGCUGAAAU